ACAAGUCCCGCCCCGCAGGCGGCACCGGAAGUGGCAGGCCGGGAUCAGCCUUUAAGAUGGCGUCUCCUCAGGGGGGCCAGAUUGCGAUCGCGAUGAGGCUUCGGAACCAGCUCCAGUCAGUGUACAAGAUGGACCCGCUACGGAACGAGGAGGAGGUUCGAGUAAAGAUCAAAGACUUGAAUGAACACAUCGUCUGCUGCUUGUGCGCAGGAUACUUCGUGGAUGCCACUACCAUCACUGAGUGUCUUCAUACGUUCUGCAAGAGUUGUAUUGUGAAGUACCUCCAAACCAGCAAGUACUGCCCCAUGUGCAACAUCAAGAUCCAUGAGACACAGCCACUGCUCAACCUCAAACUGGACCGGGUCAUGCAGGACAUCGUGUACAAGCUAGUGCCAGGCUUGCAAGACAGUGAAGAGAAACGGAUCCGAGAAUUCUACCAGUCCCGAGGCUUGGACAGGAUCACUCAGCCCAGUGGGGAAGAGCCAGCCCUGAGCAACCUCGGCCUCCCCUUCAGCAGUUUCGACCACUCAAAAGCCCACUACUAUCGCUAUGAUGAGCAGCUAAGCCUAUGCCUGGAGCGGCUGAGUUCUGGCAAAGACAAGAAUAAAAGCGUCCUGCAGAACAAAUAUGUGCGAUGUUCUGUUAGAGCUGAGGUUCGCCAUCUCCGGAAAGUCCUCUGUCACCGCUUGAUGCUAAGUCCCCAGCAUGUGCAGCUCCUUUUUGACAAUGAAGUUCUCCCUGAUCACAUGACCAUGAAGCAGAUAUGGCUCUCCCGCUGGUUCGGCAAGCCAUCUCCUUUGCUUUUACAAUACAGUGUGAAAGAGAAGAGGAGGUAGGGGCCAAGCCCCUACCCCAUCCCUCUCCCCUUCCCUCCCCAGAUAUUUAUGUGAAAUUAACCUCGGCUUUAUUUUUUGAAAUAAAAACUUGUAAAAAGCA